AUGUCCUGGUUGGAAGCUCAGCGUUACUGCAGGCAGCGUUACACAGACCUGGCCAGUGUGAGGAAUCAAGCAGAUAAUAAAAAAAUCCUCAACCUCACAGGUGGCUCUUCUGCUUGGAUUGGCUUAUACAGGACCAGACUCUGGUCAGACCAGCACGAGUCUACCUAUGAAAACUGGAGACCAGCCAGCCCAUAUAUUCCAGAACAACCAGACAAUGGAUUAUAUGUUUUUCGGGAACAGGGCAAUCAGCAAUGCACAGCUGUUUCACUUGAAGAUUCUGGCCAGUGGACAGAUGAGGAUUGUUUAGGCACACUUCCCUUUAUCUGCUAUAACAAAUUCUGCUCAGGAUCAUUAUGCACCCAUCAGUAUCACCUGGUUACUGAUAAUAAGACCUGGACUGAAGCCCAGACUUACUGCAGAGUGAAUUAUACUGACCUGGCCACCAUUACUAACAUGGAGGAUAUAGGAACGCUGCUUGACACAGUACAUGGCACCUAUUCUGGUUUAGCCUGGAUCGGACUGUAUGAUGAUCUGAACAGCUGGAAGUGGUCUCUGGAUGAUGAUCUUUUCUACAAGGAGGGAGAAAGAAGCUUUAGUAACUGGUAUAUAAACAAACCGAUGAAUUGGUUUGGAACUAGUUCGUGUGUAUACAUUUCAGGUUUUGAUGCAAUAUGGUGGGAAGCACCUUGUUAUUACAUGAUGCCAUUCAUUUGCUUUGAUGGAAGGAGAAAUGCUACUGAACACUAUAUCGUUGUUUAUCAGUACUUGAGCUGGACUGAAGCUCAGAGGUAUUGCAAAGAAAUUUACACAGAUCUGAUCAGCAUAAGGAACAAGGCUGAGAGCGAGAGAAUAAGAUCAUUACUCCAUCAUUAUCAUUUGUACAAUGUAUGGAUCGGCCUAUACAGAACAUCGUACUGGUCAGAUGAGAGCAACUCCUCUUUUAGCAACUGGAAUCCAGGACAGCCUGAUAAUUAUGGACAGAACGAACACUGUACUGCUUUCCUUGCUGAUUCUGGGACAUGGACGGAUGAAAACUGUGUUAAAACCUUUCCGUUCUUCUGCUUCGGAACCUCUCAUGAGUACCACUUUGUUAAUGAGAAUAAGACCUGGACUGAAGCACAGAGAUACUGCAGAGAGAAUUACACUGACCUGGCUACUAUUGAUAACAUGGAGGAAAUGAACACACUCCUUAACACAGUAAAUGGCAGCUACUCAGGUUUAGCCUGGAUUGGACUGUUUGGUGAUCUGGGCAGUUGGAGAUGGUCUUUAGAUGAUGAUACCUUUUAUAAGGAGGGCGAAAGAGACUUCAGAGGAUGGUAUCAGGAGCCAAAUAACUACAAUGGAAAAGAACUGUGUGUUUCCAUGAGCAACACAGGGGAAUGGUUUGAUCAGCAGUGUACACAGACUUUGGGAUUUGUUUGCUAUAAUGAUACAAACAAGGAGUAUGUGUGGAUUUAUUUGAGAAAGACUUGGCAAGAAGCUCAGAGUUUCUGUAGAGCUAAUCAUACAGACCUGGCCAGUGUGAGGAAUGAAACAGAACUUCGGAAGAUACUGAGCGUAAUAGACGGUGACUACAGGGUAUGGAUAGGUCUGUAUAGGAGCCGACUGUGGUCAGAUCACAGCAACUCAACUUUUACAUACUGGAGACGAGAAAUUCAAGGAAACUAUAUAUCCGAACCGGAUAACGGUUUGUAUAUCUAUGGCCUGUCUGGAAGCCAACAAUGCACAUCGAUGGAUUCUACUGGCAAAUGGACCGAUGAAAACUGCUUCGAAAGUUUCCCUUUCCUUUGCUACAGUGAAUCUAUUCCAGGUGUUGUGAUAGGACUGCAAAUAAAAAUUAAAGUUCAAGGAAACAUGCAGGACUCUCAGGUUAAAGAGUUGGUGUUGAUGCAAUUUCAACAAGAAUUUAUCAGACUGGGGAUGUCAGAGAACAUCAAAAUGAGAGUGAGAAGCAUCCGUAAGAUCGGCCCAUGAAAGAAGGAAAUAUUGCUUCCUUUAUUCUUUCCUUCAUUUAUUUCCUUUAUUCAUUUGGAACUGGGUGUGAAAUGCUGUACAUAUAUUUUUCAGUACAGAUCUGCUGAAAUAUAAUCAGAAUAAAAUGAUUUUUAUAUGUACAUAUAUGUACACUAUAGAUUUGUUUUAAGUAAAACACAGCUUGAUAAAUCAUUUAAAAUAUGUAGGUUAGGGAUAAAAAUUAAAGAAAAAUUUUGAAAUCUUUUUUAAGUUUUAAUAAAGCAU